UUAUGACAAUAAAUUGAGCGAAUAGUUGACUCAUCGAUGGAAAAUCCGCAAAUUCACUUUUAUUCGUCCUUCUAAACAAAUCGUGUGUCAUAGAACAUUCGGAGUGGUCAUUGGAUUGGCGGCUAAAUUUGACAUUGCAAAAAGUAAACAACAAUCAAAAGAGACUAAAACUUGAUUAUUUUGACUCGUUCGGAGAAUGUUGUGUACAAAAUAAACGGUUUUGUGUGAAACGAAUAAGGAAGCGUGUAUAUUUACAUCAACAAAAAUUGAAAGAGAAAGUCAUUCGUGAAGAUGAAACUAAUCGCAAAAAAUGUCGAUAAAGGCAUGCAAGGGUCGGUGGCACUUGUGCCAGAAGAACCAGAAGAUAUGUGGCAUGCAUACAAUUUGAUUAGCGAAGAUGAUUACGUUCGAUCAACGACAAUUAGAAAGGUGCAAAAUGAAACGGCGACCGGUUCGUCGAGUAGCAGCCGAGUGCGUACCACCCUCACCAUUUGUGUCGAAAGCAUCGAUUUUGAUACACAGGCGUGUGUGCUGCGUUUGAAAGGGCGGAAUCGCGAAGAGAAUCAAUAUGUCAAGAUGGGUGCCUAUCACACACUGGAUCUGGAAUUGAAUCGAAAGUUUGAACUGACAAAACGUGAAUGGGAUACGAUAGCCUUGGAACGCGUUGAUAUGGCUUGUGAUGUUACACAGAAUGCAGACUUAGGUGCCGUUAUUAUGCAAGAAGGACUGGCUCAUGUGUGCCUGAUAACCUCGAGUAUGACAUUGGUGCGUAGUAAAAUCGACAUGAAUAUUCCACGAAAGCGAAAAAAUAAUGCCAAAGGACACGAAGUCGGUCUUACGAAAUUCUAUGAAGCCGUUCUGCAGAGCAUUUUACGUCAUAUCAAUUUCGAUGUUGUUAAAUGUGUACUAAUCGCUUCACCGGGCUUUGUUAAGGAUCAAUUCUUUGAAUACCUCAAUCAACAGGCUGUUAAAACUGACAAUAAGGUGCUUCUGGAAAAUAGGAGUAAAUUCUUGCUUGUUCAUGCCUCAUCAGGAUUCAAGCAUUCGUUAAAAGAGGUGCUUCAAGAUCCAGCAGUACAGUCAAAACUGUCCGACACAAAGGCAGCAUCUGAAGUGAAGGCGCUAGAGCAAUUCUAUCAAAUACUCCAAACUGAACCAGCUCGUGCAUUUUAUGGAAAAAAUCAUGUGGUUAAAGCAGCUGAAGCACUAGCAAUUGAAACAUUACUGAUAUCAGACAAUCUUUUCCGAUGUAAUGAUGUGAACGUUCGAAAAGAGUAUGUAAAAUUAGUGGAAGAUGUUCGAGACGCCGGAGGUGAAGUGAAAAUAUUCUCCAGUAUGCACAUAUCGGGACAACAAUUGGCACAGCUGAGUGGGAUAGCUGCAAUUUUACGGUUUCCGAUGCCCGAGCUCGAGGAUGAAGACGAAACUGAAGAUAAUGACACACAAGACAGUGACUCUGACAAUUAACCAAUCACAUAUAAAUAUUUGAAUGCAACUGCCAAUUUGUUUUUUUUUUCAUCCAAAAUUUAUUCGCAAUCGAAUUGUAAUUUGAACUCUCGUUGCAUGCUGAACAAAAAAAUCAAGCAAAAAAAAAACAAAACAAAAAUCAAUAGGUUGUUGAUAACUUAAUUUAUUUUAUUCUAUUUUUUUUUAUUACGCGCCCAAUUGAGUUUCGAAUACUUUUUCUUGUAAUUAAAAUAUUGUAUAUAUUUACUUUUUAUGUAACAAAACAAAAGCAAAGAAGCAAAACAAUAAUAAAUGAAACGAUUCUAGAUUCUAAA